CUUACCACCGACAGUCAUCGAAACUUCUCGACUCCUGGCAAUUUCUCCUUUCUUUGCUGGUGUACUACUGUUGCCUGUUUCUAAAGGGUAGAUGGUUCAUGAUGACUCCUUGAGGCUGGAGGCCGUGCCUUUCCAAUCUGCUUUGCAAACGUCUAGCGCUCUCUUCUAUCAUUUACCAACCCUUCCUCUAAUUUCUAUUUAAUUCGAAAUGCGCGAGCUAGACCCGUUGGUCUUGGAGUACCAGCAUGACAAGCGCCGACCGAGGGAGUCGGAGGCGCUUCUCAUCCUGCGAAAGGUUGCUUCGCUGGUGAAGCCGAUCAUGCGGCAACGAUGCUGGAGAGUGGGAACGCUGGCAGAAUUCUAUCCGCGAGAAAGGAACCUGCUUGGUAUUAACAUUAAUGCUGGCCAGAAGAUUUGUUUACGGCUACGGUACCCCUCGGACGAGACCCAGUUUCUGCCUGUGGAACAGGUAGUUGAUACCAUGCUCCAUGAGCUUUGCCAUAUUGUUCAUGGGCCGCACAACCAGCAGUUUCAUGCCUUGUGGAAUCAACUGCGGGACGAACACGAAGAACUCGUGAUGAAAGGCUACACGGGCGAAGGCUUCUUGUCCCAUGGUAGGCGGCUCGGGGGCCAGAAAAUGCCCUUGGAUGAGGCCCGUCGUCGCGCGCGCGCCGCCGCCGAACAGCGACGGGUCCUUUCUGCUGGAUCUGGUCGGAAACUCGGGGGCGCCCCCGUGCAGCGAGGCACCGAUAUCCGUAGGGUCAUCGCCGAUGCAGCGCAGAGGCGUAUCGAGGUGACCCGGGGCUGCGCCUCUGGAACAGAACAAGGUGCCCAGCUCGCCGAAGAAGCGUCUCGAAAUGGGUUCCGCACAAAGGCUGAAGAAGACGAUGCCAAUGAGCAAGCAAUCCUACAAGCAUAUAUUGAGCUGAUUCAGGAGGAAGAGCGUGAGAAAUACGGAGAUUCAUAUAUUCCUCCCAGCCAGGAAAAUCCCGCAGGGCCUCGCUCGAAUCUAUCUUCCUCUGUCCUAGAGAACACUAAGCCAACAAUGAAAACAGCAGCAGCAGCGGCGGCAUCGGCGGCAUCGGCGGCGCCGAUUCUUUCUUCCCCUCGUGAGCCUGUUGAUCUCACUUCCGAUAAUAACGAAUCGUACAACUCCCCGUGGACGUGCCCGGUCUGCACCCUAGAUAACCCGGCCACGUAUCUCUGUUGCGAUGCCUGCGCAUCUGAACGACCACAGCCCGCCAACGUGGGAUCCGCCCCAAGUCCGCCGCCGCCUGCCCGACCCCGAUCGACGAACAAACGGCCGAUCCAAGAGUCAACGCGCAAGAUCGUGUCGCAGAGCACAGUCCGAGCCGUGGAAACCCUGGCGGCUAUCGAGAAUAAGUCCUCGAAGCGUCCGCUUGGCUGGGUAUGCCGUUCUUGCGGAGCCUUUAUGGAGACAGAAUGGUGGACCUGUUCGAGUUGCGGUCUGAUGAAGCAGGCUUCAUAACCAACACUCUAUAUGUAGCAGAUAUGAAUGAAAUAAUGAUUUAUGAGCA